AUGAAGUCGUCCGCUGUCCUUUUGGCCGCGGGUGCCCUCUUGGUCUCGGCCAUGCCCCUCGACAAGCGAGCUCUGGACAUCCAAUGGGUCACCGACAUUGUGACUGUCACCGUCACCGUCGACCCCUCUGCGAGCGCCGCUUCUGCUACGCCGACCGCUGGUGGAGUCUUCGUCCAGAACGUUUCUGAGCAGCCAGCCGCCACUCCCUCUCCUCAGCCCGCAGCUCCGGCUCCCAAGCCCGCAGCUCCGGCUCCCAAGCCCGCAGCUCCGGCUCCCAAGCCCGUCUAUGCUCCUCCUCCUCCUCCGCCGGCCGCCCCGUCUCCCAAGCCCGCGGUGACCCAACAGUCUGUUCCCCAGGCAGCUCCUCAGCCGGCUCCUGCUUCGUCGGCACCGGCCGUGGCCCCCAAGCCCGUGAUCGUUCCCGCUGAGUCUCCCGCCCCGGCUCCCAAGCCGUCACCAUCACCGACCCCCGAGGUGGUUGUCGCCAAGCCUUCUCCCAAGCCUGCGCCUUCGCCCUCUCCUUCGCCUAAGCCCGCGCCCUCUCCUUCUCCUUCUCCUAAGCCUGCUGCUUCCUCUCCUGUCGCUUCGGCUCCCGCCUCUGGAAACGACUACAGCUCCAUCGUUGUCAACGAGCACAACAUUCACCGUGCCAACCACUCCGCUCCUGAUCUGGCUUGGGAUACUACUCUUGCCGGAUAUGCCAAGACCAUUGCCGAGGGCUGCGUUUUCGCUCACGACAUGAACCAAGGCGGUGGUGGCUACGGCCAGAACCUUGCCAGCUGGGGCUCCACUGGCGACAUCGAUGACCUCCAGCUCGAGUCUGCUCGCCGUGGUAUCACCGACCAGUGGUACAAUGAUGAGAUGGAGAACUGGACUUUCUUCGGCCUGGACAACCCUCCCUCCGGCUCCAACCUGGAUGCUUGGGGCCACUUCACCCAGCUUGUCUGGAAGUCAUCCACCAAGGUCGGAUGCUACACCGCCAAGUGCCCUGCCGGCACCGUCCUCUCUAUGCCAUCUUGGUACACUGUCUGCAACUACGGUCCCCCAGGAAACUUUGGUGGCGAGUACGCUGAGAACGUUCUCCCUGCCCUGGGCCACCCCGGUAUUACUAUCUAA